UGGGGUUCUUUUAAGGGACAGUAAUAGUUCCUAUGCAAAAGUGGUUGCUAAAUAAAUAAGCGCACAACUAACAACGUACAUUACCGUGAAAUAUCAAACUUUAUUUCUGGCUAUAACGGUAUUGGACAAGCAUUUGACGAUCACUUUCAUUCUCAAUGCACCAGCCUGACUACGGCGAAGCGAGAGAUUCAGCACGCGGACAUGGCAGCACAAUGCGCAUGCGCUGUCACGCCCCCCACCUGCCGCCCAACCAGGAAAUCCUCCUCAGCAGGCUCACACCGGCCGACGCGUGUACAGGGGAGAGCGCGGAGAUGGCAUCCAGCGAGUCUGUUGAAUCUGUAGGUGAGGGGGUCCCUAACUCCGAGGAAGAGGAGCAGAGGUCCGAAGUUGCCAGCCGCCUGAUGGAAUUGAGGCUGGUUCUCCUGGGCUGGAGGUGGCCUGGGAAAAGCCUGACGGGAAACACCAUCCUGGGCCGGGAAGAGUUUCGCCUGGAGCGGGCGGCCGAAUUCUGUGUCAAGCGGGAGACGGUACUGGAGGGGCGGAAGGUGACUGUGGUGGACACUCCAGGAUGGUUCUCCUCCCAGACCACCCCAGAAUCCUACCAGCAGGAGAUGAUGCAGGCACCCUCCCUGUGUGCGCCAGGCCCACACGCCUUCCUUCUGGUGAUUCCCGUGGGCAUGUUCACCGAGACGGACCGGCUCCGCGUGGAGGAGAACAUGGCGUUGUUCGGCGAGCGGAUCUGGAGGCACACCAUCCUGGUGUUCACCUGGGCGCCGGGCCUGCGGGACAUGCCCAUCGAGCGCCACAUCCACCGGGAGGGCCGCGACCUACAGUGGGUGGUGGAGGGCUGCCGGAACCGCUACCACGUCAUCAACAACCAGGUCUUCGGCGAGCACCCCCAGCUCGCCCUCCUCAUCGAGAAGAUCGAGAACAUGGUGGCUGAGGAGGGAGGCUUCUACGUGGAUGAGGAGAAGCCUGCCACGGUCAGCGUGGACGGCCGUGACCUUGGCGCCAGGCCGAAGCAGAACGGCAGCGCGGUGAUGAUCCAAAACGCGGAGCCCUCACAAAGUGUAUGUAAUGAUGGAGAGAGCGGGGUUGCCACUACCCAGUAGGACACCUGUAUCAGGUUUGGCGCCAGUGGAUGGAGGAGCCGUUUGAAAAGACUUUUCUGCCUUGAGAGCUCUGACCCCAGUCUCCUAUGGCAGUCCGACACACCACUAUUGCCUGAUAUCUAUAGUCCAACUCCGCCCCCCCCCCGCCCCACCUUACAGUAGGCACUUAUUUCCAUAAGUCUAUAUAAAGUAGUGAUUGUUUAGAGUAGAUUAAGGUUAGUUAUGUAAUUAACCUUGAAGUGUAAACACCAGACGCCCAGGCUACAGCAGGAACUGAUGUUACACUCGUCUGGUCUCUGCUGCAUGAGCAGCUCUUGUUUUUUGUUUUUUUUUUAUCUGCUUAUUUAUUUUUUAUCUGUGAAAUUUGAGUCUGUACAGAAUUAUUGGGAUGGCUGAGCAGAGUACAGAGUACAGAGUACAGUUUCAGGUACAAAGAGACUCUGCGCUCCUGGGGGGGGUCAGUCUCCAGGCUCAAAUGAUAUUCUGCAGCUAAUUGGCUGAACCACCAAGGGCUGCCACCAAUGAUGUACACUGUUACACAUGCACAACUAUUGUGACUUAGACUUCAGGGACUGGAAUCUCAGUGUGUGAUAUUUUAAUAUUAACUGGAUAAGUUAAACCAAAAAAAGAACAGAAAAAACACGAACCUCACAGAGGUCGGUGAUGUGGGUGGUAGUUUUGAUACACCAGGGCGUCCAUGUACUGGACAUAAAUGUCCCCGUUUACUGGGCUUUGGGCUUUUUUUGCUCUGUACCAAAAACAGAAUGCUGCUUCAUAAAUAAAUGCUUCUUAUAACCCUGGUGCCUUUCCCAGGAAGCACUGGGUGUGGGGCAGGGGUCCACCCUGGAUGGGAUGCCAGUGCAUUGCAGGGGACACACAGAGCCCUGAUUUUUUUCUGUUCGUCACAGCAGCAUUUUAUCCUGUAGGUUGACAAAAAAAAACAAUGAUUUUAGCCCAAGGGUCACCAGCCCCCUAAAUUCCAAGCCCUGAAGAUGGGUAAUUUUUCAAGGCUCCCAUUUAGCAGGAGGAAACCUGAGCACCUGUAGGAAGUUAAUAUAACAUUCAUCCCUUAAGGAUUGGCUUACAGUGUCUCAGUUCCCUAACACACUACACUGACGUCAGAGCUGAGGCGAGCCGGAUUUCACCCUCCAGACUGGCACAGACUGCCUUCCGCACCACCCCAAAUGCACCGCAGCUCCCGGACUGGCACAGACUGCCUUCCGCACCACCCCAAACGCACCGCAGCUCCCGGACUGGCACAGACUGCCUUCCGCACCACCCCAAAUGCACCGCAGCUCCCGGGGUUUGUCUACGCCGCUUUCUCGUGUGGUGAAGGAGGGAGGGAGGCAUAUUCAGUGCACAUCAGUGUUUCUCGAAUCGGCCCUCGCGAACACCCGGACAGUCUACAUUUUUGCUCCCUCCUGGUUGGGAAGAAGCAAAAAUGUGGCUAGUCUGGCAGGGAGCUGGGAGAGAGCAAAAUCGCAGAAUGUCCCCGAGGUCCGGAUUGUGAAACCCUGGGUUACAUUGAUUAAUAUCCAGGUAACAGGUGUUCGGCCUGCUGAAUGUACAGUGGCCCCCACCCUCCUGGCUAAACGUGAAGUUCCAUCGUAGUAUUUAUUGGGGCACUGUUAUUAUGAAGAGCGUGCUUUAUUCUGUAAAGUAAAAUGUACUGAGUAUACCAUUCCUGCUAGAUUUUUGUUUACAAUGAAAUAAACAAAACCGAACUGGA